UUCACUCGUUCUGCUAUCAGCUGAGCUGAGUACUGACGUCUGAUUGAGUGAGACAUCAGUUUGUUUGUUUACUAAACUCGCAGCUUGAACAUUCUAGAAUAAUAAAGGUUAAAAAUGUCUUUUUGGCCUUCUACGAAACCUUUAUUUGGCGAUGAAAUGGUUUUACGUUCUAUCGAUUGGCUGGAGAACUUUCCAUGGAGAAAUGAAACAACAAUAAAAAAAGAUAAAGAUAAGUAUCGCAUUUGUUUACAUGCUAAGGAUUUUUCACCAGAUGAAAUUACUGUCAAAACAGUGGAUGGAUUUAUUGUUGUAGAAGGCAAGCAUGAAGAGAAAAAGGAUGAAGAUGGAUAUAUUUCGAGACAUUUUGUAAGGAGAUACACAUUACCGGAGGGUUGUCGACCAGAGUCCGUUGAAUCCAGAUUGUCUUCGGAUGGAAUUCUUACGAUUAUUGCGCCUAGGAAACCGGUCGUCCGUCGAGACACCGUCAUACCAGUUUCACAUGAAGCCAGUGUUAAAUCCAAAUUGUAAUAUUCAGUGAACACAUUAGUUUUAAAAACUUUGUGGUUAUCUGAUUUUAGCGUAUGCAAUCAAUUUAUUAAUAAUAAAUAAUAAUGUAACAGUUUAAUUUGGUGCAAUAAAUUAAUUUAUAAUUUAUCUCAUUAUGUAAAUUGAAUAAGUUCAAAUUUUAAGUCUAAAUUUUUUGUUUUUGGUUUGAUUUUGUGUAAAUAUUUAAUAACUGGUUUAAUGGUUUUAUUUCUAAGUCUUGUAAUAAAUUUAUAUAAUGAAAAU